GACAAUACUUAAAUACUAUACUUCAUAGUGUCUGAGAUUCUGAUACACCUUCUUUACUGCAUCUGCUAAAGCAUGGAUACUUCGACAAUUCUGGACGAGUUUCCAGUCGGAAAACUCAAGGCCGAGUGCCUGGGUCUGGAAAUUCCCAACUUAAAUCAAAGCUUAUGGGACAUGUUUGCUGCGGCUGCAGAGAAACAUGCGGAUGAAGAAGCUCUUUGUUCGCUUUGGCAGCCUUUAGACCACCUUAUCCCACGACUCGAAAUUGAGAAAGCAGACUUUGGGAUGCAUAUACCACCCAUUACCAAUGAAAAUGAAAACGAGGUCGAAGUGGUCACACCUGAACCAUGCUCAGCACCACUGAGAUGGACUUUUUCCCAGCUUCGCGGGAAGGCCGAGUCAUUGGCAACUUGGUUGCAACAACAUGGCUGUACCAAGGGUGACAACCUUGUAGUUUUAGUUUGGAAUUCCGCUGAAUGGGUGUUGUUUCUGUGGGUUGCCGCGAGGCUCCAAAUGCCAUUUGUACCUUUGAACCCAAAAAGUUCGGAUAACGACAUUGCACAUUAUCUGAGCCUAGCUCCACCUCAAGUCUUAGUUACUUUAGAUCCAGAUAUAUCCCCGAUUCUUGAGAGUUUUGAUAAUGUCAAAGUUCGGAUAUCAGUUUCGAAAAUUUCUGAAGGGAGGAGGAAUUGGCAUUCACUACCUGGAAUAAUGGGCAACUUGCCGAUGGAAAACAAUACUUUUGCCCCUUUGAAUAAUGAGAGUGCAGAGCCGGGUCAGGAACUUGCAAUGAUCCUCUUCACAAGUGGAACAACUUCACUCCCAAAAGGAUGCCCUCACACUGCAUCAAACAUCUGGUCCGCAACACAUGACUAUGAUCCUGUUGCCCGAAAAAACGGCCAUCAGAACAGAUGGUUACUUCACACGCCCGUGUGGCAUAUCUUCGCAAUGGGCCAAGCUAUCCGAGGUUGGAGAGACGGGAGCUCUGUGGUAUUUGCUACAGAAAAGUUCGACGUAACUGCCUCCUUACGAGCGCUUCGACAAGAGAAUAUUACACAUAUUGGAGCCGUUCCUCUAUUAGCGAAAGCACUUGUUGCACAUCCAGAAUUUCCUGGAAAGAACUCACUGUCUCUAUCAUACGUAACCAUGGGAGGAACAUUGAUAAAAGAUGAAGAUGUUAGAUUCUGCAAGGAGCAUCUUGGUAGCGAGGCAGUCAUUCAAGGCUUUGGUAUGACAGAGGGCUCUCCUAUGGUAAGUUGGAGGCGUGAUGAUACAAUGCUUAAGAAUGGCUAUCAUAUUGGAGUGGGAAAAGUUUUGCCAGGGGCGAGAUUAAAAAUAUGUUCUCCGAAAUCUCAUGUACCUUUAAACAAAGGCGAAACUGGAGAACUUCACAUUGGCGGGAGUUCAGUCAUCGAUGGAUAUUUGAAUGGUAUAGAUUCUGAAUCGUUUUAUACAGAUGGUGUUGGGAAGUGGUUCAUUACCGGCGAUCAAGCUAUGAUAGACAGAGAUGAUAUCCUCUACAUCAGUGGACGCUAUAAAGACAUCAUCAUUCGUGGGGGCGAAAACUUGGUUCCGUCGAAAAUAGAAUAUUGCCUUCAGGACCUUGACAUAACUGCUCAAGUGAUUGGCAUCGAGGAUUCCAUAGCCGGUGAGGUUCCCGUCGCAGUCUUACAGUCUUUUCCGAGAGAAGUCACCAAGGCACAAAUGACCAAACUCAUAAUACAAAAUUUGGGUCCGAAAUAUGCACUCUAUUCUAUUACUACAUUAGACGACUUGCAUCUGAAAGCCUUUCCAAUGACUGCGACGGGAAAGAUUCGGAAGGUAGAAUUGAAAGCCAUCGUGAACAAGCAUUUCGCCACAAUAUCAGAAGUGAAGAGGACAAGCCCCAGCGAGAAAUUAAUUGUUCAAUUGCGAGAGAUCUGGGCAGAGCUUAUGAAUGCGGCACCAAGUGACAUUCCAGUCGAAGAUGAUGUAUCAAACUUUGCCGAUAGCAUUACAAAAUUGAGGUUUUGUAAGAUCUUGUGGACCAGACUUGGUCAAAGAUUAUACUUGCCAGAUUUAGAGAAGAACAAUACUAUCAAACAGCAAGCAGAGCAUCUUUUUGAGCGGAGCUAUCAUGGAGACUCGCCUGCUUCCCCUUCAGAUGACACAACUCUUAAUGAGAGCCAAAGCAGUCCGAAUGCAUCUAAUCAUUCCUUUAGGGAAGUACCAAAUUCGGUGAAUGGGGAGACUAUGCGCCAACAUCAUCAUACUCUGGCCGAGGCGGCUAACGAAGCUUUGCAAAAGUUCGGUUUAACAUGGGAGAGUGACGUAGAAGAUGUUUUGGCAAUCAAAGACACGUUCCAGGAGUUUGCGAAAGGACAAAGACCACAAUCAUAUCGCCACAGAAUAGCUUUCGAAAUCAAGGAACGCAAUUCCAGCCAGGUUCGUGCAGCAUUGGAGAAAUCUCUGAUGACCAGACCGGUUUUGCGCACUAUUUUGGUCGAAGUUUCAGGUACGGCAGCUGUUCAUGCGGUCCUCCGUCCAUCCCAAGCUGUGUACGACAUGUUGAUCUUGCAAAAAACUCUCUCUCACGAGGCAGAAAUCCAGGAAUUUCUCAUUGAUGAUUCCGACCAAGACUAUGAAGAUCGAAUGUUCCAAGCUGUAAUUGCAGACAUUGAGGGCAAAGAUACAUCGGCAUUGAUCUUGACUUUGAAUCAUUCCGUCUUUGAUGCAUUGUUCGCAUAUGGAUGGUAUAGCGAUCUUGAUAUGUUGAUACAAAAUCCAAAGGCAAUAGCUACACCUGGCACAGCCUUUAGACUUUUUGCUGAUAUGUAUCAACAAUACCGAAAUAGCUCACUCGCCCUUUCAGAUGUCAACUUUCAUGUUAGGAGACUUCGAGGUAUUUCGAAAUUUACUGAGGCUCUAUGGCCACCAAAAAGAGCUGCUGGUUGGAUGGUUGGGAAUGACAAAAGGUCGAAGAAUUUCAUCAGCCGCAACACCAAAAGAAGGAAGCUUAAUAUUAAUUCACAGCCAAGACCGAGAAUUGCGCGAAUGCAGAAUUUCCCUGACAUUGAGCGGCUUCGGAUGCAACACUCUAUCCAAGCGCCAGUGAUUGUUAAAACUGCCAUCUGCAUUUUUAACGUCAUACAAACAGGAAAACCAUAUGCGAUUUUUAAGAACUUCGACGCAGGUCGUAAUUGGCCAUUCCUUCCAGAGUGGAUUGCAGAUCGCUUACCUCCUGCCAUGAGUAUUGAUGGCCCCACUUUGACUUGGAAUAUGAAUAUGAUACAGGUCAUGCCAAAAGAAACGUGCGGUGAACUUUUAACAAGAAUAAGCGAAGACGAGAAAGCAUUGAGUUCGCACACUCAUGCACCAUGGUUCAAGAUUCUGAGUGAGCUAGGCGAAGACGAGGGGCCCAUUGCGAAAGAGGCUGCGAUGCGACAAGUAUUCAAUUGGGAUUUAAGCUUGAGGUAUCUCGAUGCUGAUGUUAGCGAUUAUUCGACUCUGAAACCUUUGGGAAGAAUGGACUGGCCUGACUGUGGAUUCUUCUGGAACUGUGGUAUGUCGAAUACGGAACGCUUCUGCUGUGUGGUAUCCUGGGACGAUACACAAUUAGAUAUCAAGGAAAUCAACGACUAUGUGAGCAAAUUGCUUGAGAUCAUCGGGUGGAUCACAAACCCUGAGAAUUGGAACAAUUCAGUGUCGAGCUUUCAAGGGUUUCCGAUGAUGACGUAAAAGAUGUUUAUUUUGGGAGAGAUAAACUGUGGGUAAGGAAGGGACUGGCCGUCGGCCGAGGUGUUUAAUAUUUGGCUAUAAUCUUUUAUGGCGGUGGGAUUACUUGGACCUAUCUAUGCGCAUUCUGAUAGUCGAUCCCACACAAAUCUGGGAGAACGUGUGUGUCUGCAAUGAAUUCCUUGAAUUCUCGUUUGAUGCUUGCUACACAAAGAACUUGGAAGUCGUGGUUUGUGAGUUACAAGUUUACCUCGACCUUUUGCGAUGACCUUGCAUUGUUUAAGAAUUUCUUGAUAUUCACUCCUUCGGUAUCUUGAUCAAGAAAGCACUGUUGUUACAGACAAGAUGCAACCCCCCACAGAGUCGGUACUUCUUGCCAUUCCGAUAGAUGUAUAAGUUUAAGAUUGACCUGCCUAUUCAAUUCCAAGUCCA